AUGAGCCGGUCAAGACACGUGGGCAAGAUCCGCAAACGCCUGGAAGAUGUCAAGAGCCAGUGGGUCCGGCCAGCCAGGACUGACUUCAGCGACAACGAGAGCGCCCGGCUGGCCACAGAUGCCCUCCUGGAUGGGGGGCCGGAGGCCUACUGGCAGGUCCUCCGCAAGGAAGGCGAGGUGGACUUCCUGUCCUCGGUGGAGGCCCAGUACAUCCAGGCCCAGGCCAAGGAACCGCCCUAUACUCCCGAGACCCCAGGAGGGGCCGAGGCAGGAACCAACGGACUCGACUCCGGCUCCCUGCAGUCAGGCACCUACUACCCUGCGGCCUCAGAGGGCAGCGAGCCUGCCCUGCUGCACACCUGGGUUUCAGCUGAGAAACCCUACCUGAAGGAAAAGUCCAGCGCCACUGUGUACUUCCAGACGGACAAGCACAACAUCAGAGACCUCAUCCGGCGCUGCAUCAGUCGGACCAGCCAGGUUCUGGCCAUCCUGAUGGACGUGUUCACAGACGUGGAGAUCUUCUGUGACAUUCUAGAGGCGGCCAACAAGCGCGGGGUGUUCGUCUGCGUGCUCCUGGACCAGGGUGGUGUGAGGCUUUUCCAGGAGAUGUGUGACAAAGUGCAGAUCUCGGACAGUCACCUCAAGAACAUUUCGGUGCGGAGCGUGGAGGCGGAGGUGUACUGCGCCAAGUCAGGGAGGAAGUUCGCCGGCCAGGUCCAGGAGAAGUUCAUGAUCUCGGACUGGAGAUACGUCCUUUCUGGGUCGUACAGCUUCACCUGGCUCUGCGGGCACGUCCACCGGAACAUCCUCUCCAAGUUCACGGGGCAGGCGGUGGAGCUGUUUGACGAGGAGUUCCGCCACCUCUACGCCUCCUCCAAGCCGGUGAUGGGCCUGAAGUCCCCCCGGCUGGUCACACCGCCGCAGCCCCGAGCGGGACUCAGACCCAAACCAGGCCGCCUCAGUGGCAGCAGCUGCUCCUCCACUGACCCCUUCAGCAGCCCAUCGACGGGAAGCAACCCCCAGAACCAGAGUCUAUCCUUGUCCUCAGGGCAGAGCAGCCCCCAGGCGCCGAACCCCCCUCCACCCCCCAGGUUUCAGCCCUACCAUGGUCUUUGGGGGGCUCUGGCCCCACAGGCCCCCUUCCCCCUGAGGCCCCACAAUGGCGCACCUGCUCUCUACAGCAACCUCAACGCCUACCGGCCCAUGAGGCUGCAGUUCGAGCAGCUGGGCCUGGUGCCCAGGGCGGCCCCCAUCUGGAGGCCAUUUCUCCAGGCCUCCCCUCACUUCUGA